AUCGUAUAACAAUCGUAUCGUCUAUCCACAAUAGGUCACGUGACUAGUUAAUCAUAGUGACGUAGAUAAUUACCGGCAAUUACCGGUUUAAUUUGAAACUUUGUGACUCUGUGUCAUCAUUUUUUGCAUUAAUUUUAUUGAGUAAAAGGAAUUGCGUACCAAUUGUUUUCAACGUUUAUUACUUGUAUUCUACAGAAAUGGUUUAUGAUUACUUCGACAAAUAUACAUUUCUUUGUGAAAUGUAUGAUGAAGAUGCUGAUGAAAUCGUGGAAUUAGUUUUGAACUUCUUCCCAUUUGAUAAUUCUGUUCAAGUAAUUAAUACCAAAAAGGGUAAAAAUUUACUGCGACGGGUACAGUUGCCCACCCUGAGUCUGGACAUGUUACAAAUAGGAAACAUUGUCAAUAUAUUUUCAAAACUACUUCAUAUUGUAGACUGCGCUCCAGCUACCCGUCGAACUCUGUUUAAAAAUGUUCAAAGCACAUUUGCUCUCAUUAAGCCUGUGCCACCCAGUGAACACGGUAAAAUAAUAACAUACAUAAUGAAAAAAGGGUUUCGAAUAGUGCGCAUGAAAAAUGGGAAAAUAAGCAAAGACUUCGCUAUGGAACUUUAUAGAAGCAUAGCUGGAAACAGUAUGUUACCAAUAAUAAUCGAUUAUGUCACAACUGGCGAAGUAAUAGGCUUAGAACUGGUAGCUGCAAAUGCGGUAUCUAAGUGGCGCUCGUGCUUAGGAGCCACUGACCCAGCAGAAGCGGCUCCGGGAACUCUUCGGCAACUAUAUGGAGAAAAUAAACUAAGAAAUACAGCGCAUGGGUGCAAUACAUUGGAAGACGCCACAGAGAUGCUCGAACUAUUUUUUGGAUACGAUAAAGGACUACCAAGAAUUCCAUUUCGGGCUACAUUUAAAGAGUGCACAUGCUGUGUAAUCAAGCCUCAUGCAGUGAUCGAAGGCAAUGUUGGAGCAAUUCUAGAACAAAUAUCUACUUCUGGAAAGUUUUAUAUAUCUGCAAUGGCAAUGUUCUCGGUAAAAUUAGCCAACGCGGAAGAAUUUUACGAAAUAUAUAAGAACGUGCUGCCAGAAUACGAGUCAAUGUGCAUUCACCUCGCAGAGGGUAAAUGUAUUGCAUUAGAAGUUAAAUGUAUCGAUCCGAAACUUAACUGUGUUUGCGAGUUUAGAAAAUUGUGUGGUCCUAGAGAUCCGGAUUUGUGUCGUCAGCUCUAUCCGGACUCUAUUAGAGCACAAUAUGGUAAAACCAUUGUACACAACGCUGUCCACUGCACUGAUCUUCCAGAAGAUGGCGAGCUUGAAGUUGAAUAUUUUUUCAAAUUAUUGGCCAAUGAUUAA